CAUAAAGUGAACAAACCCGGUGAUGUGAAGAUGAACGCCAUUUCAUCUGGGACCAAUAAUGCAAUGAACAAAGCCAUUCCAACCAUGAUCAUAGAAACUAGAGCCGGUAAAGCAAAAAGAAAAGCUGUUUCAGACAUGGUCAGUAAUGAAGAUGUAAACUUGGACAGUAAUGUUGGGUCAAUUGUGACCUGUAAUGAUGAAAUUGAAGUCAGUAGUUCUAAUGGACCUACUUCAACUAAGACAACCAUCAAUUAUGAAUCACCAGGAGCAACCACCACCGUUGAAUCACUAGGAGCAACCACCACCAUUGAAUCACCAGAAGCAACCAUCGUUGAAUCACCAGGAGCAACCACCAUUGAAUCACCAGGUCGAAAUGUGUUGGGUGAAAUUGAACCGUGA